UUUCUAUUGCAUUGUUCUUAGUGUAAAACAAAAAUCAGCUGCUGUGGAACCUCAUCUGUCAGUUCAGUCAGUAUUGGCGCGAACGCGGCGCGCGCACGCCGCAUCUUUGCUUACGUAAGUAGUUUCCCGCCCUUUUGGACCAACGAAAUCGCGUUCGGGAUUUUGAAAAUAGAACGCACUGUUUUGGAUUAAAAGUUACCCUUUUGAAGAACCUACACCAAAGAGCCAUGCGCCGCAUCUCCCCCCACAACCCGGUGCGCCGGCGCCUCUUCCCCGAGGCACAUUUAGAAGAGGAAGCCCGCAUGGACAAUUGCGCCAACGUGCUGCAAGAAUCUAUAGCCAGGGAUCAAGUCGCCAUGACAAAGAAAUAUAAUUUCGACUUCGCAACCGAGUCAGCGUUACCAGGCGAAUGGGAUUGGUCUACGCGCGACGGCGAAAACUGGAUCGGAUUCAAAUCGAACACGAUGGAAACUACGCAAAAAGAUAAAGACUGCGUUGAAAUGAGACUAGAAAAUGAGACCACCCCUAAAGAAAAACCUGAUAAGGAACUGCCUGCUGUUAGAAAGAGAAAGAGUGAUGCGGCGGCGAGCGACAGCGGAGCGAGAAGGAAGAUCAGUUUCGACUAAAAUGGAAAUUCGAGUUUAGGGUUGUCACACGCUUACGAAGUGCCACUUAAAGUUUGAUAGGAUAUUAAAAUUUCUCUUAGUUACUGGUUUAA